CCUUGUGGCUUCCGGCAUGUUCACCUUAGGUGACGAGAGAGAAACCAUGCUGGGCCUGAAUGGCCGGCUGGCCUCCUACAUGGAGAGGGUGCGCAGCCUGGAGGAGGCCAACUGCGAGCUAGAGCUGCAGAUCCACGAGGUGCUGGAGAAGAGGGGCCCUGAAGUCAAGGACUACAGCCACUACGACGCCAUCCUGGAGGACCUGCGCACACAGAUCUUGGGAAUGAUUUUGGGCAAUGAAAAUCUUGCUGUAAGGAUAAACAAGCUGAAUUCUGAGGCUGAAGAUUUCCAGAUGAAAGUGGAGAUCGAGAGAAGGUUUCGGCAGUCUGUCGAGGCUGAUAUAGCAGGCUUAAGAAAUGUGCUGGACACCCUUCAUCAGACCCGGAUGAAGCUGGAGAGCGAUAUCGAGGCCCUGAGUGAAGAUUUGAUUUUACUGAAGAAGAACCAUGAAGAGGAAAUUCUGGAGCUGCAUAUCCAGAUUGAGCAAUCAGGAGUCCGGGUGGAUGUUGAUGCUCCAACGGGAGAGGACCUGGGGCAGAUCAUCGGGGAGAUCAGGGCCAAGUUUGAGAAGAUGGCACUGAAGAACCAGGAAGAACUGAAAGCCUGCCAUGGUCUCAAGGUGCUUCGCAAACCUUCCUCUUUCUGUAACCAGUAUGAAUCCCAAAGGACAAUUUUGCAAAACACAUACAAGCUUCACCUCCAGCUCUCAUUCUCUGUGUGUGUGGUGUGUGUGUGUGUGUGUGUGUUACUCCACCAGGUGUCGGAGGUGGAAGCGGAGGUGGCAGAGAGCAUGACAGCCCUGCAGGGGGUUCAGACUGAGAGGAAAGAGAAACACAGGCUGAUGCAGUCCCUAGAGAUUGAAAUGCAGUCCCAAAGAAGCCAGAAAGCCUCUCUGGAAGGCUCCCUGCAAGACACAGAGCUGCACUACAGCAUGGAGAUGGAGGAGAACAACAACAUCAUCCUGCACCUGGAGGCAGAACUGAUGGAGCUGCGCACCAACAUCCACCAUCACACGCAGGAGUACGAGGCGCUGCUCAGCCUGAAGACCCAGCUGGAGGCAGAGAUCGCCACCUACAGGGGGCUUCUGGAUGGCGGCGACUUCAAACUUGAAGAUGCCCUGGAAUAGUAGGCAGCACCGCCCUGGCUAAAGAUGGUAACAGAUCCUUCUGGAAGGCUGGAAGGCAGUGUGCUGUCUGAGGUAUCAGACAUCAAAGAACAAUGAUUCCCCUCCUCAGGUGCCCAUAGUAAGCUCAUACGUUCACAGACGGUGUCCUGGGUUGCAGUUAUUAAAUUUACAAUCUUAACUUCCAAACUUUUAA